AACAAUUUGAUUUUGUAGUUCAGAAGAAAACAAUUCUGCCACACAUCGGCAGGGACGGCAGCAGUAACAAGCUAGUUAUGCACAACAUUACUCUUACUACUAUUUUCUGCAUCGAAUAUUUUAAAUGGAUCACUUCGAGGAAGAUUUAGUCGCUGCAUUAAGAGAAAUUGUCAAAGACGGAAACUGGCAAUGUGUAGGAAAGAAGUGUGAUUUUGACUCACCAUGCACAAAGCUGUACUCUGAGGAUGGUGAACACAUUGUCCUGGUUCACACAGAAGAUGACAGAUUCUGGGCUAUGGAUUCAUCCUGUCCCCAUGAAGGAGGCCCUCUUGACCUCGGUGACAUUGAGGACCUGGGAGAUGGGAAGAGGGUGCUGGUCUGUCCCUGGCAUCACUUUGACUUCUGCCUGGAGACAGGUGCCUCUUCCAUGGGACUACAGAACCAGGUGUAUGAGGUCAGACUUGUCCAAGACAUGAUUUAUAUCAACACACAGAAUGAGCUGUCUUUGAAUGAUGUUAAGUACAUUAAUAAGAGAUCUCUUUUUGUCUCAGGUAAGUUGUCAGCAGAUGAUGUCGAGCCAUCACCCUCUGAGGACACAAUGUGCUUCUGGGCCACAAAGAUCCUCUGCACACCGGACCCCAAAGAGAAGGUAGCCAUGACGCUGGAGGUCCAGGAGAGGUGGAACAGUGGGGAGAUAACAGAGGUGGGUCAGGCUACACCACCUGUCCAGCCAAGCAGGAAGGAGAACCUGACCGUACUGCAGCCGGGCAAAAUCAAGCGUGGCAAAGGUGGCACACAGGCUAGCAGGAUAGCCCUCCUCCACUCCCUGGCUAACAUAGAGCAGUGGGCUAUAGACCUGUCCUGGGACGUCAUCGCUCGCUUCUCAUCGGUCAGACUGGACACUGGAGAGCCCCUGCCCCACCAGUUCUUCAGCGACUUUGUCAAAGUGGCCGGAGACGAGGCCAAGCAUUAUCACUUACUAGAGACGAGGAUCACAGAACUCGACAGCUUCUUUGGCGCGUUACCUGUUCAUAAUGGACUGUGGCAGUCAGCAACAGAUACGUCCCACGACCUUCUGGCGAGGCUAGCCAUUGUGCAUAUGGUACAUGAAGCCAGGGGCCUGGAUGUGCACCCCCAGACCCUCUCCCGCUUCGCUGCCCAGGGGGACUGCAGCUCUGUGGAGGUGCUGGAGGUUAUCUACCGGGAUGACAUCACUCACGUGGCCGCCGGGCUCCGCUGGUUCACCUACAUCUGUUCACAGGAAGAACAGGAUUGCUUAUCUACUUUCCAUGACUUGGUGAAGCAGCACUUCAAAGGUUACCUGAAGCCUCCUUUUAGCACAGAGGGUAGGAAGACAGCAGGGAUGACAGAGGAGUGGUACGUGCCUCUUGUAAAGCCUCCCAGUUAACAGACAAUGUCCCCGAGACCAGCAUGCCGUGACAAACGCAGCUGCUGCGUCCCAGCGGGUGGGGGAAGCAGUUUCACACCAAAUCUCAUAACACCUGGAUAAAGGUCAAACUGUUACUAUUAUAAAGGUUUAAACUCAAACAUGUCAGUAGCCGUAUCAAUGUGGUAUUGCAAUCUAAUAUCUGAGCCCAAUGUAGAUGACGUGGCAUUCGAUCAUUGGUUAAUUUGUGCAGCGCGACUGCAAUGUAGUCGGCCUGGAACGGCACCAUUUAGUCCCCUGGGAAGAGUACGUCUCUACAACAGACCCCACCAUCUCUACAACUGUGAUAAAUAUUACAAAGUCCAAUGCAUAAUAUGGUAAUGAUAAUGACAAAGGCAACAGAACCUUGUAAAUGUUUAUUUAUGCAAAUACAACUCAGUUAUUUUGGUAGUCUAACAGGUUUGAGGGUUUUGCAUUCAACAACAAACUACUCACUCACACACAACAGCCUCUCCAUGAUAUCACUAUUAUUACAUUCAUGUGUUCCAUAGGCUAUCAGGAAAUAGUUUCCAGUAGGCGUAAAACAAGAGAAAACCUUUUUGAAACAGAGGGUACUACCUGGACUUGAACAAUAAGAAAUGCUCAUUUUUAGUUUCUGUUUCAAAAUGUUUUGCCACUGUGUUUCCUGCUGAACACUACUCUUGUGUGUACUCUUAAAUAUGUUGUCUUAAAACAGACAGUAUAGAUCCUUAAUUUUUUACAGGAAAUGCAUCUAAUCAAAUAACAUUAAAGUAGGUUGUUGUUUUGUGUUUAAUUCAUCAUCAUGGUGUUUUAAUGCACAACGUGUAGCUGUGUCAAUGAGUUCUCCUCUCCAGCUGAAUGUAAUUCAGUCCUGUCUCUGUUACUGUGGAACAGGCACUCCUGCUUGGGGGGGCCAGGUCUGUUCUGGAAGCUCUGAUGGAGAUAUCCGUUGUAGAAGUCUGCUGCCGACAGUCUCUUCUUCAGCAUCACUGCCUUGAAUCCCACCCAGCCAUCCUUGACAACCGAACACACAAAGUGUUUGUCAUUUUUUUAAUGGGAUCCAUCAAGUUAAUUAUUUGUAUUAUGCCAUGAUACAUCAGGAAGUGAAUAAUUUUUUAUUAAUAUUAGACAUAUUUCAAUAAGACAAAAAUGGAAGUGUUUUGACAUAAUAGUAAACCAUGGAAAGUGUCAAGGAUGAAAAGCCUGGCUCACGCACCUUACAACAGACAGCCAAGGUGUUGGAUUCUUUCUGAUAACUCAUAGAUCCUGGCACAGGGAUCCUCCCUCGACCUGUCAUUAAAACAAUCACAACCUUUCUCAACCGAAAAUAUUCAAAACGGAUGUUACCAGACAUUGUCUUCGCAGCGUGUGGACUCAAGCACUACUGCUGCCGAUCCACACAGCUACUUACCACUAGCUGACUGAGUCAACCACCAUCUACCACCAAGCAGUGUUGGAAACAAUGAAGAGUCCUGAUUAAAAGAGGAAAUUACCUGAUAGAGAAAUGUUGCAUUUGCCAGCAAAGUCCAGCAGCUUUAUGGUCUUGCCCAUCCAAAUUGUUCUCAAUGGGAUCUAAUGAGAGAGAAGAGGGCAUUAUUUUAACACUCCUGGACAAUGUGUGUUUAGAGGCCGGUCACAGUAAAUCAAGGUCAUGUUGAGUAUGCACAAAAUUAGAAAAUCACUUUGAAACCGAUGCGGAACGGCCUGAAAUCACCCAAUAAGACUGCUCACUUUAGUUUUACGUUUUCUAGUUUCGUGCCAACUGAACAUGACUGGUCUGUCUUAUUACCCGGGAUGCGAUGGCACGAAACAGGCGGUCGAUCUGGACACAGGUCUGCUCCUCCCAUACGAUCCAGCUCAUCGAUGUGCUGAUUUUAGGGGCUGUUGAGAAGAGUCAACUCUAAGCUGAGGCAUGAAUGGGUGCUUAGAAAGUACACACAGCUUUCACCCUCCUGUAAGUUGCAAUUCUUGCUGAUUGUUUAUCAUUCAAAUUGUAAUUACUACUAGCAUCAAAUGUCUGGUUCAGUAAAUAAAUGUUCUUACCUAAAGUG